UUUUUAAACAAGAUGGCGGCUGUAUUAGCUGCAUUUGAAUGCUAAAUAUUUAAAAUGAACGGAUCAGAAUCGAAACCGAUGAACCGCAAGGCACCUAUUGGAAAACAUAAAUAUUUUUAUGAUGGGGUACGCUCCCUUUUCGAGCUAGCAACGGAUUCAUGUCAAAAUCUUUAUCAAACAUAUAUUGGAGAUGCCUUAGAUCUUCGUGAAGUUCAAACCUAUCCAGAGUGGAAGGUUCAAAUGUGUUUCAGGAAUUUGAGAAAGCAUCACAGAAAGCGAUAUAGACAAAGGAUAUUAUAUAUACUGCCUGUCAGCCCCUUUCCAAAGGGUUUACGGAUACCAAUUGAGUAUGGAAGUGUCCCCACUUUCGAGUUGAUCAAGAGUUUUGUGAGUUGCUACUUUUUCGGAAUGACCGUCAAAUUUCUGGACGAGAUUGCUGUCACGAAGGUGAACUGUAAACAAAGAUUUCAGAUACUGGAAAACUGCAGUUGUUAGCAACAGGUCAGAGUAUAUGAGGUUGUAUUAUUUACGUUUACAAACUGAUUUUGUUACACCUCUCAGUUAAGAAGUGCGACAUAAUUGGUCAAUUAAGCGCACUGUAUUUCACCGUACAGUGGGGACCUCAAACUUUGUUAGUAAAUAGAAUUUAUUACAUUUCCACGUGGAGAUAAGAAAUUUCUCUUCAAGUGAAAUUUGGUUUCUCCAAGAAGCCAUGUAAUACUCUACCAGUCAUUUCAUUUGAGUAUUUUUUUUUUAAGUAAAACAUGGAAAGGUGCGGUUUUUCUAUGUAACCAUAGCAAC